CUGGGUCAGUUAUGAACGUCCUCUCAUAAUGUUGAACAUUGCUGUCUGAAAACAACGAGUCUGUUCCAAGAUCUGUGCAGAAAAGAACUUCUGCGGAGGGAGUGCACCCUUACCCAACCGCUUUUUGAAUGGCUGUCCACUUCUUCCGUAUUGUUGGAAAACUAUUCCGCAUAUGAUUGUCAGCUGAUCGAUCGCAGCUUGAGAAGACGGCUUUAUAUAUACACGAUAUAAUACAUCAGAGUCCUGAUGGAAAAAAAUCCGCCAAAGAUCAAGGUGCUGAUCAGUGCCAACGAAAGACUACGGAAACUGAAAGAGGCAUUUCUUGGAAAAUAUGAAGAAUCCCCUCUCUUCUAUGCAUGUGCUCCUGGGAGGGUGAAUUUGAUAGGAGAACAUAUUGACUACUGUGGCUAUGCUGUCCUCCCCAUGGCCAUCGAGCAGAAUAUUCUUGCUGCUGUAUCAGUGAACAAUUCACAGAUGAUUCAACUGGCCAAUACUGAUCCCAAAUAUAAGGAUUUCACAAUAUCUGUCAGCGGAAUCACUAUAGACAGAGAGAACCCUCAAUGGCAUUAUUAUUUUCUUUGUGGUGUGAAAGGCAUACAGGAGCAGCUGAGCCUGUCUUCUCAAGUGGGGAUUCGCUGUGUUGUGGAUGGAACUAUACCUGCUAGCUCAGGACUGUCUAGUUCAAGUGCCCUGGUGUGCUGUGCAGGCCUGGUCACAAUGGAGGCUAAUCAGCAGUCUAUUUCCAAAGCAAUGCUAGCAGAAACGUGUGCCAAGUGUGAACGCUAUAUAGGUACUGAGGGAGGAGGGAUGGAUCAGUCCAUAUCUUUCCUUGCUGAAGAAGGGAAGGCAAAGCUGAUUGAGUUUAAUCCGCUUCGAGCCACUGAUGUGAAGCUUCCAGGUGGAGCUGUCUUUGUAAUCGCCAACAGCUGUGUAGAGAUGAACAAAGCAGCUUCAUCACACUUCAACAUCAGGGUGGUCGAAUGCCGAAUUGCCACUAAGGUACUGGCUAAAGUGAGCGGUCUGGAUUGGAGUAGUUUUCAGAAGCUGGGAGAUCUGCAGACAGAGCUGGGGUUGAGUCUGGAGAAGAUGCUAGAAUUGGUGGAGGAGGUCCUUCAUCCUGAGCCCUACAGCAGAGAUGAGGUCUGCAAGAUUCUGGGAAUCAACACUGAGCAGUUGUCUGUCAAUAUCGUCAGUGCUAACACGCGGCACGUGAGCCACUUCAGGCUGUACCAGCGGGCCAGGCAUGUGUACACGGAGGCUGCCCGGGUGCUGCAGUUCAAGGCUGUAUGUGACUUGGCGCCUGCUGGAGCUGUCCUGCAGCUGGGCAAGCUGAUGAACCAGAGCCAUGCUAGCUGCAGAGACUUGUAUGAGUGCAGCUGUCCAGAGCUGGACCAGCUGGUCAACAUUUGUCUGCAGGCAGGCGCUGUUGGGUCUAGGUUAACAGGCGCUGGAUGGGGAGGCUGCACGGUUUCCAUGGUACCCACUGAAAGAAUGGAUUCUUUUCUCCAGACUGUGAAGGAGCUGUACUAUAUGCCUGAUGCUCGUCGAGCAGCUCUGAUAAAGCAGAGCCUUUUUGCAACAAGGCCAGGGGGAGGGGCAACCAUUUUCACAGAAGAAUAAAACACAAUGUAGAUUAUCAUAUUAUCUGAGGGAUUAUUAUAUUAUCUGAGGGAUGUCUAAUAAUGACCGAUGGAUACUUGGCUACAGCAAUGGAUAUUAUUGCUGCCAGUGUUUGUCAUGAGAGAAAAAGUCAUCAAUAUUUUUGUUAAUUUGUGCUAAAUCAUUUUAUACUGAAAGCUAAUAAAAUAAUCUUAAUUUCUGAUCAGAA